CAGUGAGGAGGCUGGUCGGUAGGGGAGACAGACAAGACAGCGCUCUCUCUCUCCCUCUCUGUCUCUCUCUCUUUCCUCUUCCUUCUCUGGCUUUCCACUCCGCCGCGUGUGCGUGCGUCCCGCUCCGCUCCAGCACGGUUCGAGUACAGGCAGGGAGGGAGGGGAGACUUGACGCAUCGGAGUGAGCGAGCAGCACACAGAGGCUUUCCACUUUCCAAUAUGCAACCCGCGAGACGCCACACCGUCAGCUACUCGUGCUACUGACACUCAGAGACAGAGAGAGAGGGGCAGGGAGGCAGGGAUGGAGACACAGUAGUGCCGCACAGACGAGAAGAGCGCAGUGAUAACACAAAAGAAGGGAGCAGCGUCUUUUGCGCACAACUCAGACGGGGAGGCUAUCUAUUUUUGGCCGGGAGCGUCGCCGAGACUUGACUGUGAUGUGUGUACGCACAGUUUUGUUUAGUGACAAAAUACGGAUUAAUCUGCGGCCGUGAAUUAUUGGAGAUAUCACUUCUGCGAGGAAAGAUUGGAAAACCAGAAAGGUGCAAAUCGGAUUCCAUACAUUUGUGAUUGGAUGUGAGACUACUUUGACCCUACAAAAUUGAAGAUGAUGUUGCUAUGGAAACUGCUGCUGCUGCAGUCACUUAUGGGGUGCCUUGCAGAGAGCAGCGUCCUACAGAGCCCCGUCUUUACCAAGCAGCCUGGCAGCAUCGUGUAUCCUGUGGAGAAUGUGGAGAAAAACCGAGAGGUGGUGUUCAGCUGCGAGGCCGAGGGAAGCCCACCUCCCAUGUACCGAUGGAGACUGAACGGCACGGAAAUAAAUCCCAAAACUGGAUCUCACUACAGCCUUUCUGGGGGCAACCUCAGAAUCAGCCAUCUGAACAAAGACCAAGAUGCUGGAACGUAUCAGUGCCUCGCCUCCAACUCUUUCGGGACCAUCGUUAGCCGAGAGGCCAGUCUAACCUUCGCAUACUUGGAAAACUUCAAGACUCAGAGAAGAAGCUCUGUUUCAGUGCGUGAAGGUCAAGGAGUGGUUCUGCUCUGCGGCCCUCCUCCUCAUUCUGGAGAUCUGGUAUUUUCCUGGAUCUUCAAUGAGUACCCGACAUUUGUGAAGCAGGAUACGCGUCGCUUCAUCUCCCAGGAGACAGGGAAUCUGUACAUUGCUAAAGUGGAGCCCUCAGAUGUUGGCAACUACACUUGUGUGGUGACCAACACCGUCACCAAGACCCGUGUCCAGGGCCCGCCCACUCCACUUGUGCUCCGCAGUGAUGGUGUUAUGGGUGAAUACGAGCCAAAGAUUGAAGUUCAGUUUCCAGAGCUUGUUCAUGUUGCCAAAGGAUCCACUGUAAAACUUGAAUGCUUCGCCCUGGGAAACCCAGCACCUUCUAUAAGCUGGAGGAGAGUCGACAAUGUGCCAUUCCCUAGGAAAGUGGACAUGAGAAAGGCCAGCGGCGUGCUGGAAAUCCCAUAUUUCCAGCAGGAGGAUGCCGGCACAUACGAGUGUGUGGCUGAAAACUCCAGGGGAAUGAACACAGUGAAAGGAAAGCUCUCUUUCUACGCUCCUCCUCAUCUCAUCGAGACGCCCCAAGAUGUCCAGAAGCUCAUCGAUGACUCGCUGGCGUGGGAGUGCAAAGCCACCGGGAAGCCCAAGCCUUCAUACAGGUGGAUGAAGAACGGGGAAAACCUGGAGUCUACCGAGGAACGCAUACAGGUCGCCAGUGGGGUGUUGUCAAUCAGUCGCCUGACCCUGACUGACACCGGCAUGUAUCAGUGUGUGGCCGGCAAUAAGCACGGGGAGGUCUACUCCAAUGCAGAGCUGCGAGUUAUAGCUGUUGCCCCAGAUUUUUCUCACAAUCAACUGAGGAGCCAGACGCUGGUGAAGGUAGGAGGAGACGCGCUCGUCGAGUGCAAGCCCAAGAUGUCUCCUUGGGGUGUGAUCUCUUGGCGGAAGGGCAGCGAACCACUGCGAGAGACCGACAGAAUCUCCAUUCUGGACAACGGUAGUCUGCGGAUAUGGAAUGUGACCAAAUCUGAUGCAGGCCUCUACACGUGUGUGGCAAGAAACCAGUUUGGUGUGGCAAGCAGCACGGGAAGCAUCAUAGUUAAAGAGCCUACCGUCAUCACCACGCUGGCCUCCACACUGGACGUUACCGUCGGGGAGAGCGUGGUCCUGCCCUGCCAAGUGAGCCACGACCCGUCUCUGGAACUCAAGUUCACCUGGUUCUUCAACGAGCAGCUCAUCCACUUCGGGAGCCACGGUGGAUUCUUUGAAAAAGUGGGAGGCCAGCAUUCGGCGGGAGACAUUAUGAUUCGGAACGUACAGCUGAGGCAUGCCGGGAAGUACACGUGCGCCGUGCAAACCAAGGUGGACAGCAUUUCCGUGGCUGUUGACUUGGUCAUCAGAGGUCCCCCAGGGCCCCCCACCAGCAUCCAUGUAGAAGGAAUCACUGAUACCACAGCCUCUCUGUCCUGGAGGCCCGGUCCUGAUAAUCACAGUCCAAUUACGGCAUACACCAUCCAAGCCAGGACACCAUUUUCCCUCGGGUGGCAAGCUGUCACCACAGUUCCUGAGGUGGUACGGGGCACCCGGCUGACAGCUACAGUAAUAGACCUGAGCCCUUGGGUAGAGUAUGAGUUUCGAGUCCUUGCGAGCAACUCCAUCGGGACUGGUGAGCCCAGCAAGCCAUCCAAACAAGCAAGGACAAAAGGAACAUCUCCGAAGGUCACACCAGCUAAUGUGAGCGGAGGCGGUGGCAGUCGCUCCGAAUUAGUCAUCACAUGGGAGCCUGUUCCGGAAGAGCUGCAGAACGGACCGGGCUUUGGCUAUGUGGUGGCUUUUCGACCCCACGGCGCCACAGGCUGGAUGCAGGCAGCCGUACCCUCCGCUGAAGCAUCCAGAUACGUCUUUAAAAAUGAGAGCAUUCAGCCCUUCUCCCCUUUCCAAGUCAAGGUUGGGGUUUACAACAACCUGGGAGAAGGGCCAUUUGGACCUGUUACCACUAUCUACUCUGCUGAGGAAGAGCCUGGCCGAGCGCCCACCAGGGUCCGCGCCAAGAGCCUCUCUGCAUCUGAGAUUGAAGUUUCGUGGAAAGCUCUGCCCUGGAACGCCAACAAGAAGAGAGUGCUGGGCUACGAGCUGAGGUACUGGAGUAGAAGUGAAAGGGAAGACACGGCCAGCGUGCAAAGGACUGUAGGAAAUCAAACAUCUACUAUUAUCCGCGGGGUGAAAGGCAGCACCGCAUAUUACGUCUCAGUGAGGGCGUAUAACACUGCAGGAACGGGGCCUCCCAGCACCACCGUCAACGUUACCACCAAAAAGCCACCACCCAGUCAGCCACCGGGUAAAGUGGUGUGGAACACGUCGAACUCCAAGAUUAUACUGAACUGGGAGCAGGUCAAAGCCCUGGAGAACGAGUCAGAGGUCACUGGUUACAAAGUGCUGUACAAGAAGAAUCGACACAGUCGCCCCAGCGUCAUGGAAACAAACACCACCUCUGUAGAGCUGGCGCUUCCUACUGACGAGGAUUAUAUUAUCCAGAUAAAGCCAUUUGGUGAGGGAGGGGAAGGCAGCAGUAGCAGGCAGAUCACCAUCCCAAGGAUACCAGGCCCCAACGCAGUCGGCUCAGCAUCCAAGGUCUCCACUCUAUCAGCACUCAGCACAAUAGCACUGUCUUUCACAGCGCGGACAUCUUUAUGACAAACGUCUCGCAGCAGGCGUUGCAUCUGAUGUGAAGACGGCGCUCCGGCAGAACGCAAACAAAGCCCACUCCGGUGUAACUAGAUCCAUUCAUUUAGAUUUUAGAAGCAAAAGGAAGACGCCGAAGGAAAAAACAACAAAAAAAGACAAAAAAAACACCAUUGAGAUAACAGGGAAGGGGUCCCCUUCAGCGCCCAGGCUAAGUAAGGGAGAUUGACCGAUGUCGUGACUAUGUUGUUACCAAAGCAGCUUUCAUAAGAAAAAAAUAAUCAGAAAAAAAUGUCUUAUAUGCAUUUUUUUGUAUGACACGUUGAGCUUUUAUAGAUUUUCUUUUCUUAAAUAAAUUUAAAGUCUGUCUGGGCGUAUUGGGUCAGAACAUCUGCAUGGCAAGCAACAUCAUCAAAUUUUCCAGUCUGGAGGUGAAGAAUGUGAUUUGACAGAUCACCCUUUGUCUUCUAAAAUAAGAUACUACUUGUGACUUUGGUUCCAGCAGACCAAAGUGAGGUUUUUUUUCUUCAUUUCUGUUUCUGCACUAUUUAAAAAAACAAAAAAAGCUUGUCUCAAAGGACUGCAUCGACAGCUUUGGCAUAUGCUGCUAUUAAUCCCAGUUUUUAAAGAGACAACUAGCAUUAGACUUUACAUGUUAAUGCUUUAUCAUUCUAGGAAAGUGGCUGUGGGUCAUCUUGAUAUAUCAGAUAAUCCUAAUAGGCACUAAGCUUGGAAAGUUUUGUCAAAGCAGUCACAUGAAAUGUGAACACUGAAAGCGUUAUGAGUUGCAAUCAUUCCUCCUGUCCAAAGAUGGCAUAGCUCAACUGCAGCCUCAUGUUAGCUUAAUCGACACUUGUGCUAAAGUCCAACAUGAGGUUCUGGUCUUGGUUGUGCCGUGCUCAGACCGCACAAUUAUUUUAAUAAACAUGCUCAGUGUGUCACGUUAAAAGAUUCCAACGUCAGAUGUUCUUAUAUGUUGUUUUUUUUCUGAGUCAGAACAUAUUUGGAGGGCUAAAUUAUCAGCAAAAGCUAGCUUGAUUAGCAAGCAAACCUAAAGUGUACAUGUAUAACGCCCCUAAAACUGACCAAAAUUAAACUAUAACUACUUGGACAAGCUGUACCUCACAGCAAGUAAGUUAUAGCUUGUAUCCCAACUGUAUCCUUUUUUUUUAUGAUAAUCCUUCUCAGAAUUCUCUCAAAACCCACCAACACCUCAAACAUGGUUGAGGAAUCCAGUUCAGUGACUGAAUUAGCGAAGGUGAAGGCUAACUGGCUGCUUGGCCAGGCCACAUCCUUAACUUUAAUCCAGAAACAAAAUCCAGACAUGUAAGCUAUGAAAACAGUUUGCCCCAAAUACAAUUUUUUAUAAACUGUAUAUACCAAGCUUUUUAAAUAGCAGCUGUAAAGAAGUUAAUUGAAUCACUCUAGUUGAGCAUUUUAACACAAAAGUCUGUUAGAACGUACUGUCUUUUGGAAUCAGCCUCAAAUGACCAUUGAAGAAUUUGCAUGUUGGUUGUAAGCUAUCCAAUAUGCAGCAAUAGUUUUUUGUCAGCUCUCAUUCACUCAACUGGCUAAAACAUGCCUCAUAACCUUGCUACAUUUUUCUGGCCAUGGUACUUUCACACUAAUAUCCUAUAGUCUUAACCUAGCACUGACUAAAUGUUUUUUUGAUGUGCCAGUUCCCCUGUUUGUGUCGCCUUGCUGUGCUGCAGCAGUUUUACUGCUAUGAAGACAGAACAAAUCUCCUCGCUAAUAGCUGGACUUUGCUAACUGUAGAAUGCUAAAAUAUUUCUGCUGAACUCUAGAAUUCAGUCUCGGACCACAGAUCAUACUGCAAUUGCACUUGGAAGAGAUUUUAAACAGUCGGUACGGACAGAAGGAAUGAUCACAGGGAGCAAUAACUGGUUUAUUUGUAUAGCGUGAGUCUAAAUCCCAUCAUCCUCGAUGCUAAAGCAUUAGCAUAUUAGCAUGCCACGUUUUUGGUGCCAGUCCCUUGAGGGUUACCCAACAGCUCCCAAAAUGUCGAUGAAGUACUUAAAGCCAUCCACGUGAUAAUUACUGACUUUGUAACCAGAUGUAACAUCGAGCUAUCGUUGAGAGCUUCUCCCCUGGGUUCCUCUAUCAUGGCCGUUUAACAGCAAUGGGAACCGGGCCCUUGUGGCUGUCUCAUGCUCCUCAUUCUUUAAGUUAGCCCUGUGUCUAGAGCUAUUCUUUGCCUUCUGUGUGCCUCAUCAUAUGUUCAAAAUCCUCAGGUCCUUAAAGAGCCUUAACUUAUCAUAUGUAUAUCAAAAACAUUAGAAACAUAGGACUAUGAAGCAGCCGUGGUGAUGUUUACAUGCAGCUUUGUGGAUAGAAAACUGUAUGUAGUGAGGGGGGCCAGCAUCCUUUUCCUGAUGUUACAGAGGUGAAUUUGAAUGGCAUUCUGCUGUUUCGCAUGGGAUAUUGGCAAUAUAUGAGGCCUGGUGCAUUUUUAUAGGUGUGUAUUCUUAAUAAAAAAGACAAUGCUGCUGAUCUUUUCCUUUUUCCCAUCGUCUCCUGAUGCCAUGUGGGGCUGCUGUGCUACGCAGAGUACAGUGCAGUCUGUAUGUAGCUUGUAAUCCAGUUAAGUAGUUUGUAGUACGUUGAAGGGAAGUGUACUGUAGGCUACUGGGUCUUGCUCAGAAUCAUGCAUUGAGAAAUGUGUAAUAUACUGUUUUGUACACUUCAGAUCAUUUAUAUAAAAGAACCUUUCUAAAGAGAUGAUUUACUUGGUUUUUAUGUAUCAACUCUGUUUCAUACUGUAGCUAACUGUUGCUCAGCAUGACUGUAAUUUGUCCUCUCUUACGUCCAUUUGCAAAACUGACUGAAUGGCUUAAGGACCGUACAAGGUUCGUGCAUCUGAUAAGUUUGUGUAUACUGUGCGUGUACCAUGAAAACUGAACCACGAUCAGCCCAAUGUCUAUGCUUCUGUCUCAGUCAGCCCCUCUGAGAUGUGCUGGGUCUUCUGCUCAUAUACGCGCCACAGGAGAGUUUCUUCUGUUGCUGUUUGUUGUUUAUACUGUGUUAAUAAAGAUUACCGAUUUAUAGAA